AGAUCAAGAAAACCCGAGACGAGGAAAGCACCCCAUUCUUCAGUCCCUUUUCUUUCUCUCUCAAUCUCUCUCUUCUCUGUUUCUUCAUCUUCUUCUAUCUAGGGUUUCGAAUCUCAAUCUGCGAAAACCCUAGGCUCUAGCAGAGUUUGGGCUCUCUGAACCCUAACCCUAGGGGCUUAUUUAUCUUUCUAUCGGAUCCGUGUAAGGUUGUGGCUAUGGCGACCAUGGUCAGUUCCGCCGGUGGCCUACUGGCCAUGCUCAAUGAGUCUCAUCCUUUACUCAAGCUUCAUGCUCUCUCCAACCUUAACAAUUUGGUUGAUAUCUUCUGGCCGGAGAUCUCCACCAGUGUACCCGUCAUAGAAAGUUUGUAUGAAGAUGAAGAGUUUGAUCAGCAUCAACGGCAACUUGCAGCGCUGGUUGCAUCAAAGGUCUUCUAUUAUUUGGGUGAACUUAAUGACUCGCUGUCCUAUGCCCUUGGAGCUGGUUCCUUAUUUGACGUGUCAGAGGACUCUGAUUAUGUUCACACUCUUCUUGCUAAGGCUAUUGACGAGUAUGCAAAUCUUAAGUCUAAGGCAGCGGAAUCAAAUAAUGAUGCAACAAAUGUGGAUCCUAGGUUGGAGGCUAUUGUAGAGAGAAUGUUGAAUAAGUGUAUCUUGGAUGGUAAAUACCAACAAGCUAUGGGAAUUGCAAUUGAAUGUCGAAGAUUGGAUAAACUUGAGGAAGCAAUAACAAAGAGUGAUAAUGUUCAUGGAACUCUAUCAUAUUGCAUUAAUGUCUCUCAUUCCUUCGUAAAUCUCCGGGAAUAUAGACAUGAGGUACUUCGUCUUCUUGUGAAAGUUUACCAGAAGCUGCCUUCUCCAGACUAUUUGAGCAUUUGUCAGUGUCUCAUGUUCUUGGAUGAACCUGAAGGUGUUGCAAGCAUAUUAGAAAAGCUUCUGCGCUCUGAAAAUAAGGAUGAUGCACUCCUGGCUUUUCAAAUAGCCUUCGAUCUUGUAGAGAAUGAGCACCAAGCUUUUCUCAUAAAUGUGAGAGAUCGCCUUUCAACUCCCAAAGCUCAACCUUCAGAACCAGAGCAGCCAAGAUCCAGUGAAGCUGAUUCUGCUCAAAAUCAGAGUUCUGCUCCAGAUGAUGCACAAAUGACUGAUGGAAGUUCUGUUUCUAAUGUUAAUACACGUGAUGCCGAUCCGAGUGAAGUGCUGUAUGCUGAGAGGCUGACAAAAAUUAAGGGAAUUUUGUCUGGGGAGACUUCAAUACAAUUGACUCUACAAUUCUUGUACAGUCAUAACAAAUCGGAUCUUCUUAUUCUGAAGACAAUAAAGCAGUCCGUUGAGAUGAGAAAUAGUGUUUGUCAUAGUGCAACUAUUUAUGCAAAUGCAAUUAUGCAUGCUGGGACUACUGUGGAUACUUUCCUUAGGGAGAAUUUGGACUGGUUGAGCAGAGCCACAAAUUGGGCCAAAUUUAGCGCAACAGCUGGGCUAGGUGUUAUCCACAGAGGCCACUUGCAGCAAGGAAGAUCAUUGAUGGCACCUUACUUGCCUCAGGGUGGAGCUGGAGGUGGUGGCAGUCCUUACUCUGAAGGUGGUGCUCUCUAUGCUUUGGGUCUUAUUCAUGCCAACCAUGGUGAGGGCAUCAAACAAUUCCUUCGUGAUAGCCUGCGCAGUACUAAUGUGGAGGUUAUUCAACAUGGUGCAUGCUUAGGUCUUGGUUUGGCAGCUUUAGGAACUGCCGAUGAGGACAUCUAUGAUGACAUUAAAAGCGUUCUCUACACUGACAGUGCAGUUGCUGGUGAAGGUGCAGGCAUCAGUAUGGGCUUGCUUAUGGUUGGAACUGCAAGUGAGAAGGCAAGUGAGAUGCUUACUUAUGCUCAUGAGACACAACAUGAAAAGAUCAUCAGGGGGUUGGCAUUGGGAAUUGCACUUACAGUGUAUGGAAGAGAAGAAGAAGCAGACACACUUAUUGAGCAGAUGACACGGGAUCAAGAUCCUAUUCUUCGUUAUGGUGGUAUGUAUGCAUUGGCAUUGGCCUAUAGUGGAACGGCAAACAACAAGGCCAUCCGCCAGUUGCUGCACUUUGCUGUAUCCGAUGUGAGUGAUGAUGUCAGGAGGACUGCUGUUCUAGCACUUGGAUUUGUCUUGUAUUCUGAGCCAGAGCAGACACCUCGAAUUGUCUCCCUGCUAUCUGAAUCUUACAACCCACAUGUUCGAUAUGGUGCGGCUCUGGCAGUGGGCAUUUCCUGUGCUGGUACUGGGCUAAGUGAAGCUAUAUCUUUGUUAGAGCCUUUGACAUCAGAUGUUGUUGAUUUUGUACGCCAAGGUGCCCUCAUUGCAAUGGCUAUGGUCAUGGUCCAGAUUAGUGAGGCCAGUGAUUCUCGUGUUGGAACAUUCAGACGACAACUUGAGAAAAUAAUUCUUGAUAAACAUGAAGACACCAUGAGCAAGAUGGGAGCCAUUUUGGCAUCUGGAAUCCUCGAUGCCGGAGGGAGGAAUGUCACUAUAAGGUUACUUUCUAAGACAAAACAUGAUAAAGUCACUGCGGUUGUUGGUCUUGCUGUUUUCAGCCAAUUCUGGUAUUGGUAUCCCCUCAUCUAUUUCAUAAGCUUGUCAUUCUCACCCACGGCAUUUAUUGGACUGAACUACGACUUGAAGGUUCCAAGAUUUGAGUUCCUAUCACAUGCAAGACCUUCACUUUUUGAAUAUCCUAAACCAACAAUGGUGCCGACCACAACAUCAGCUGUAAAACUUCCCACUGCAGUUCUUUCAACAUCAGCAAAAGCCAAAGCUAGAGCUAAGAAAGAAGCUGAGCUAAAGGCAAAUGCUGAAAAGUCAUCUGGUGCGGAGUCGUCAUCUUCUGGUGCAAAUACUGGAAAAGGGAAAUCAUUUACUGAGAAAGAUGGUGAGGCAAUGCAGGUUGAUGUCCCCACUGAGAAAAAAUCAGAACCAGAACCUUCUUUUGAGAUUCUGACCAACCCGGCAAGAGUGGUUCCUGCUCAGGAGAAAUGCAUCAAAUUUCUUGAAGAAAGCAGAUAUGUGCCAGUGAAGUUAGCACCUUCAGGAUUUGUCCUCCUGAGAGACCUGCGACCUACUGAACCAGAGGUGCUCUCCCUUACGGACACACCCUCAUCUACAGCGUCAACUGCAGGUGCAUCAGCAGCAGGACAGCAGGGAUCUGUAUCAGCCAUGGCAGUUGAUGAAGAACCUCAGCCUCCCCAGCCUUUUGAAUUCACCUCAUGAUUCUGAUUGAGGUCCACUUCUUUACUUUCCCGGAAAAGAAAAAAAAAAAAAAAAGAAAAAAAAAAGAGAGAAAUACAGUGUAGAAUUCCUCUUCCUGUCACGUUGAGAUUGUUUCUUUUUCCCUGAUUCUAAGGCCAAGGAUGGUUUUCUUCCGUGCAGUAUUCUUUUUCUUUUUCUUUUUCUUUUUCUUUUUCUUUUUUAUGUAUUUAUUUUUCUUAGUAGUGACAUGGGGAAGAACUAUGAGUUCUCCAUUUUUAACUUAAAAUUGAAAUUCUACAUGCAAUUGUACUUGGACCCCCUUUUAGGGUUACUACAUCCCCUAUGCAACCAUUCUUGUUUUAAAA